AUGCGGGCGGCGGUGCCGGUGCCGGUGUGCGUGUGCUGGCUGGGGGCUGCGCUGCUGACGGCGGGCCGCAGCCCGCCCCGGCUCCGCCUGCCCUACCGCGAGCUUUUGAGCACCAACCGCUCUGUCCUCUUCUUUGGCCACCGAGGCUUCCUGGGCUUCCGCUCCCUCUACCUGGAUGAGUACCGUGACCGGCUCUUCAUCGGGGGGAAAGAUGUGCUCUACUCCCUGCUCCUGGACAGGGCCAACACAGACGCCAAAGAGAUCUACUGGCCACCGCUCCCUGGGCAGACGGAGGAGUGCUUUCAGAAGGGGAAGGACCCAGGGACUGACUGCGCCAACUACAUCCGUGUGCUGCACCCCUACAACCGGACACACUUGCUGGCCUGUGGGACAGGUGCUUUCCACCCCAUCUGCGCCUUCAUCUAUGUGGGGCACCGUGGCGAGCACACCUUCAGCCUGGACCCUGCCAGCGUGGACCCCGGCCGGGGCAGGUGCCCGCACGAGCCCAGCGGUGCUUUCGCCAGCACCCUCAUCGGUGGGGAGCUGUACACCGGCCUCACUGCAGAUUUCCUGGGCCGUGAUCCUGGCAUCUUCCGCAGCAUGGGCACCCGCUCUGCCUUGCGCACUGAGGUGGACCAGCACUUACUCAACGACCCCAAAUUUGUGGCAGCCCACAUGAUCCCAGACAAUGAUGACCGGGACAAUGACAAAGCCUAUUUCUUCUUCACGGAGAAGGUGGUGGAGGCAGACAGCAAGGAGCACACCAUUGUCAGCCGGGUGGUGCGGGUCUGUGUGAAUGAUGCUGGUGGCCAGAGGGUGCUGGUCAACAAGUGGAGCACCUUUAACAAAGCCCGGCUGGUGUGUUCUGUCCCUGGCCCCGGUGGCAUCGACACCUACUUCGAUGAGCUGGAGGAUAUCUUCUUGCUGAGGACGAAAGAUGGGAAGAGCCCGGAGAUCUACGCCCUCUUCAGCACUACCAGCCACGUCUUCCAGGGCUCUGCUGUCUGUGUGUAUCGCAUGGCCGACAUCCGGGAGGUCUUCAACGGGCCCUUCGCCCACCGAGAGAGCCCCCACCACCAUUGGGGUGCCUAUGAGGGCAGGGUGCCCUACCCACGGCCAGGCGUGUGUCCCAGUAAGACCACCAACCAGCCCCGGCGGCAGUACAGCACCACCAAGGACUUCCCCGACGAGGUGCUCCACUUCGCCCGUGCUCACCCCCUCAUGUACAAGCCUGUGUACGCCCGGCACCGCCGGCCCCUCCUGGUGAUGACCGACCUGCCCCAUCGCCUGCGCCAGCUCGUGGUGGACCGGGUGGAGGCUGAGGACGGGCAGCACGAUGUCCUCUUCCUCGGGACGGAUGCUGGCUCGGUGCUGAAGGUGGUGGUCCUGCAGAAGACAAGCUCAUCCACAACUGAGGAAAUUGUCCUGGAGGAGCUGCAGGUUUUCAAGGUGCCUGUGCCCAUCACCCAGAUGGAGAUCUCUGUCAAGCGCCAAAUGCUCUACGUGGGCUCCAGCCUGGGGGUAGCCCAGGUACAGCUGCACCAGUGCGAGACCUACGGCACGGCUUGUGCCGAGUGCUGCCUAGCCAGGGAUCCCUACUGCACCUGGGACGGCAGCGCCUGCACCCGCUACCAGCCCUCCAGCAAGCGCCGCUAUCGCCGCCAGGACACCCGCCACAGUAACCCUGCGCACCAGUGUCUGGACCAGAACCUGACCGUGGAUGAUUUUGAGAGCACUGAGAAGAAGGUGCUUUAUGGGGCGGAGAACAACAGCACCUUCCUGGAGUGCGUGCCCCGGUCCCCACAGGCCAGCGUCCAGUGGUUUGUCCAGAGGCCCCCCGAUGAGCAGCGGGAUGAGGUGAAGACGGACGAUCGGAUCCUGCAGACCGAGCAAGGGCUGCUCUUCCGCAAGCUGCACCGGCAUGACGCCGGCAUCUACUACUGCAAGACACUGGAGCAUGGCUUUACCCAAACGGUGGCCAAGACGGCCCUGGAGGUGAUUGCAAGUGAGCAGCUGGCCCACACCUUCCCCCGGGAGCGCUGGGAUGAGCCCUCGCGCCUGCCUUGUCCCGAGCCCCGGCUGGUGCCGCAGGCUCCUAAAGCCUGGUUCAAGGACAUCAUGCACCUUAUCAGCUCCCACAACCUGCAGCGGGUGGAGGAGUACUGCACGCGCCUCUGGUGUGGCAGCCGCCCCUACCACCGCAAGAGCAAGCUGGCCCAGGACAAGCACGCCCUGGCUGGCGUGGACGUGGGUAAGAAGGGACGGACAGCCAAACCCCACAGUGAGAGGAGCCGUGUGCCCCGGCAAGCAGUGGCCACUUAGAGAAGGCAGGGUAAUGGACGUGGGGUGGCUCCGGGUGAGGACCAGCUCCCUGUGCUGCUGGCGGCCCCGGGGGCCUCCUGCCCUGGCAGUAUUCCUGGCCAUGGUGGAUGGGGUGCUAGAGCCAGCUCCUGGGCAGGUCCCGUCCCCUCGGUGGCUGCAGAGCCACCUCUGAAAUGGGUGGCAUGAUAGUAUGCGUUGGCCACCCCCCUGCUCCUGCUGGGUGCUGUGGCUGGUGUGGGGCUGUGGUCACCAGUGUGGGUUGGGGCUCAGGACGUGCGGUGCCACCACUGUCCCUGUGUCACCCAGGGAGCUUGCUGGUUGGCUUUCUCUGCAAAUAAAGGGCCCGAGUGUGGCGCUGCAGGGAGCAGCUGACGGCUCCAGGCUCUUUCCAUGCCAGCACUGGGCCUGGGACAGAUGAUGCCUGCUCUUACAGCGGGGGGAAAACUGAGCAUUAUCCCAAAAAGCCUCUGUGCCCAGGAUGAGCCCUGUCAUCUGCUGUGCAUGGGUUGCCAAAGCUGUGGCGGAGCAUAUCCUGUGGACAGGGCUCUUUCAGCCUUCCCUGCGAUACCAAGACACAGUCAGCUGUGGCUGGGUGCAGUUUCCCCUUUCCCUCUGUCCCCCUUCCAGCCACAGAUUGUUUUAGGGCUGGGCAGGGCCAGGGAGGAAAGCAAACGGCUGCAGGCGGGUUGAACCUGUUCCUGGGUAAACACAAGAGGCACCGAUGCCACCAUUGUCACUGUGCCCAGGUGGGAGCAGGGACAUGCAGAAGAAGGUGGUCCCAGCACAGUUUGGGGGACUGCACCCCAGCCCACAUGUGUUUCUGGUGGUUGGUGGUCCUGAGUGGGACUAGGCUGGUUUGGGUGGGCUGAUGUGGGCCGGUGGAGCUAAACCAGCACCCAGGGCCUCCCCCAGAUGCAGGGUUGGGGUCUGCGUGUGUGGAGAGCACCCACAGGCUGCAGGCACUAUCCAGGCUGCAGGCAAGGUGCUCGCCUGCUUUCCUCACCCGACGUGAGCUCACUCCCCUCACCCGGUCAGCCUGGGGUGAUAAAGAUCUCCCCCUUCCUGAGGCAAGGCAGCCCCACACAAUGGUGUGAACCGCAGCCCUGCCGGCAUGGGCAUUGUUCACAGGCAGAGGAACGGGAAAGAAAAAUAAUAAUAAUAAUAAUUAAACCCCCUAAAUAGCUCA